AUGGCUAUACCAACCUUAAAGAAGUGCUGCUGCCUUAAACUGAAGUGGGGAGCUCUCAUUGCCGCCUUGGUUGACUUUAUCUUAUCGGCCGGGACUCUUGCAGUUUUUGGUGAUUCCGAUGAGGUUAUGAAAUACAUCUGGUAUGCUUUCGCCUUGGUUCUCACUAUCCACAUAAUCUGCAUCAUUUUGGUUUUUGUUUCCCUUUGUGUGCCAAACAAAAAACUCGUCAUACCUUAUUUAAUAACUGGAAUAAUUCGCAUAAUACUGGAAAUCAUAUUUUUCAUAUUAGUGUGCAUAAAAAAGGGCGACGAUGUCCUGGUCCUGGUUUCCAUCAUAAUUGGCAUAGUUAUUUUAGUCAUCUUGUGGUUCGUUAUCUACUCAUGGUACAAGAUGCUUGGAGGCUCAGCGGACUCUGAGUGAUCUCAGACUACAGCAAUACCCGAUAUAAUACGAAAAUGAUGCCAAGGCCACAAAAGAACACUACUUAAAUCGCAAUUAGAAUGAAGUGUACCAUUAGGAAGUGCUGCUGCUGUGAGCUGAGAUGGGGAGCCCUGAUUAUCGCCCUUAUAGACAUGAUUGUGACUGCAGCAGUUGUUUUGAUGGCAGCAAGCUUGAUAUUAUGUAUAAAUAAAUUCUAAGUAAGCAAUUAAAAA